AUGUGGGCGACUUCAGUCCGGGCAGGGCGUAUUUGCCAGCAAGACCGCCUGCGUGUGGAAAUCACCACUGGACCCUCAGAGAUUGUGUUAGAGCCCAGAGCAUAUGGAGAAAAUGAGGUGAGAGUCUUUGUUGCCCUCUUCCCGUGCGAUCCUGCAGUCAUGUCACCCAAUCCUGAUGCGCUGAAGAGGAGCUUCCUUUUAAAGAGGGACAGAUUAUCAAAGGUUUAUGGGGACAAAGAUGCAGAUGGUUUCUACCGAGGUGAGGCGGCUGGCCGUCGUGGCUAUGUGCCGUGUAAUAUGGUUUCAGAGAUCCAGGUUGAUGAUGAGGAGACCAGAGACCAGCUCCUGAUGCAGGGCUUCCUCUCCACAGAGGCGUCCAUGGAAAAGAUAGUGGAGUCGGCUGCGGUGUGGGACGACACGUCCGCUCCGGACUCCUCCAGUCAAGACCUCAGCCGCUCCGCCGGUCCGAUGGGAAGCUCCAGACCUCGCAGGAUGGUGGCCAUCUUUGACUACGACCCCAGAGAGAGCUCUCCUAACGCAGACAUAGAGGCCGAACUGACCUUCAGCGCGGGGGACAUCAUCUAUGUGUUCGGAGACAUGGACGACGACGGCUUCUUUUACGUGAGUUUCUUUCAUGUCUGUUAG